AUGGGUAACCCAGCUAAAUCGCCCGACGAGGGGCACGUCAGUGGUCAAUCAAACAAACCACUGUCGCUGCCGCCUCACAGCCUUACUCUCGCCCAAGUUGUGGACGAAUUGAGCACCGAUACCUGGUCUGGACUUGAUGAUGCUGAAGCCAAACGUCGAUCUGAGGAAUAUGGCUCAAACGAUCUGGGAGAAACAGCUGGCGUAUCAGUUGUCAAAAUUUUGAUCGCGCAAGUUGCCAAUGCAAUGACAAUGGUCUUGAUCCUUGCCAUGGCCGUCAGCUUUGGUAUCCAAUCUUGGAUCGAAGGUGGGGUCGUCACAUUUGUCAUUCUACUGAACGUUGUAGUCGGCUUUUUCCAGGAGUGGUCGGCCGAGAAGACCAUGGACUCCUUGCGCUCAUUGAGUUCCCCGACCGCAAAAGUCAUUCGUGGCGGACAGCAAUCAACGAUACCUUCGGUCGAUAUUGUUCCAGGCGACGUUAUCGAAAUCAAGACCGGCGACACUCUACCAGCUGACAUCAGAGUUUUUGAGGUGGUCAACUUCGAGACAGACGAGGCACUCUUGACCGGAGAGUCUUUGCCUGUCCGCAAGAAUGAAGGAGACGUCUUCCCGGAGAAGACUGGUCCAGGAGACCGUCUGAAUAUUGCAUAUAGCUCAUCAAACGUCACGAAAGGUCGUGCUAAAGGUGUCGUCUUUGCAACUGGCGUCUAUACUGAGAUCGGUGCUAUCGCUUCACAGCUGCGAGAGUCGAAAUCUAAAGUCCGACCUGUCAAGAAGCGCGGCCCGAACGGUCGUGCAAAGCCACACCGCUACCUCGAAGCGUAUACACUCACAACAACUGACGCCCUUGGACGCUUUCUAGGCCUCAACAUCGGAACGCCCCUGCAGAAGAAGCUGUCCAAGUUGGCUAUGCUACUAUUUGGUAUUGCAGUUCUUUGCGCCAUCGUCGUCCUUGCAGCCAAUGAGUUCAACGCGACCCAAGAAGUCAUCAUUUAUGCAGUUGCAACCGGCCUAUCCAUGAUCCCAGCUAGCUUGGUCGUUGUUCUUACAAUCACAAUGGCAGCUGGAACUAAAAGUAUGGUCAAGCGUAACGUCGUCGUCAGAAACCUCAAGUCGCUAGAAGCUCUGGGAGGGGUGACAGACAUCUGUUCCGACAAGACUGGCACCCUAACUCAAGGCAAGAUGAUUGCGCGUGGCGCCUGGAUACCUGGUGUUGGAACGUACACCAUCGAGAAUUCUACAGCGCCGCAGGAUCCGACGAUUGGCGAAGUGCGCUUUGGGUCUGACAUGCCAAGCCAGCUUGAUCUAAAAGCUGCAGGAGACGCCUGUGGCGAUCUUAUGAGUUCAGAGAAGCUUCAACCAACUGCAUCUAAAGGACUCGAGGAGUUCCUUAACGUCGCUUCCUUGGCCAAUCUAGCUGCUGUGAAGAAGAAGGGGGAUGGACAAUGGGAAGCCCAUGGUGACCCCACUGAGAUAGCCAUCCAGGUAUUUGCGGCUCGAUUUGGACUCGAUCGAUCUCGAAUGACCAAAGGUGAAGCAGCUAUCUGGGAGGAUCUUGUGGAGUUGCCCUUCGACUCGGACGUGAAACGCAUGUCCGUCAUCAUGCGACACUCCAGUGGCAAGACACAUGCAUUUACUAAGGGCGCUGUCGAAAGAGUCAUCCAGAGCUGUACCUCCGUCGCCACCAGUUCUGAGGAACUCGGAAGUAUCACAGACGAAUUUCGUGAUGACGUUUUACGCAACAUGGAAGCUCUAGCCAGUCUCGGAUUACGUGUAUUAGCUCUGGCUAGCAAACCUUUUGACAUUGAAGUUGAAAAGGGCGCCAACGUGGAGCGUACCUCGGUUGAAAGCGACCUUGUCUUCCGUGGUCUGAUCGGUCUGUACGAUCCUCCGCGGCCCGAGUCUGCUCCUGCUGUACAGCAAUGCCACGAAGCUGGUAUUGAGGUACACAUGCUCACUGGCGACCACCCCGAGACCGCCAAAGCCAUCGCGAUAGAAGUUGGUAUCCUGCCAUCUUUAGAGCGCAUGAAGCGCAUAUCACAAGAUGUAGCAAAGUCACUUGUGAUGGCCGCUUCAGAAUUUGACAGCCUCACUGAUGAGCAGGUUGACAAACUUCCUGUGCUGCCUUUGGUAGUUGCCAGAUGCGCACCUAGCACUAAGGUUCGCAUGAUUGAAGCCCUCCACCGUCGAGGUCGCUUCUGUGCCAUGACCGGUGAUGGCGUAAACGACUCACCAUCCCUCAAGCGUGCUGAUGUGGGUAUCGCUAUGGGUCAGGCUGGAUCUGACGUUGCUAAGGAAGCAUCCGACAUUGUUCUCACAGACGACAAUUUUGCCUCGAUCCUUGCUGCUAUCGAAGAAGGCCGCCGUAUCUUCGACAAUAUUCAAAAGUUUGUCCUGCACGUGCUCGCUGAGAACGUUGCACAAGCCGGUACACUCCUUGUUGGUUUAGCAUUCAAAGAUGCCACUGGCUUAUCUGUCUUUCCCCUUGCCCCUGUGCAGGUGGUAUGGAUCAUCAUGGCUACUUCUGGCAUGCCUGACAUGGGCCUUGGGUUCGAGCGCGCCGUCCCGGACAUUCUCCAGCGUCCACCACAAUCUCUCAAGACGGGUAUUUUCACCAUGGAGUUCCUGAUAGAUAUGAUUGUGUACGGUCUUUGGAUUACAGCGCUAUGCCUGGCCAGCUUCACUGUCGUCGUGUUCGGAUUCGGUGAUGGCAAUCUAGGCAUUGGCUGUAACGAGAGCUACAACGAGUCGUGUGAGCUCGUCUUCCGCGCACGAGCAACAACGUUUGCAUGUUUGACGUGGUUUGCCCUCUUCCUGGCUUGGGAGAUGAUCGAUAUGAGGCGUUCGUUCUUCCGCAUGCAGCCAGGAUCGAGGCGCUACUGUACACAAUGGAUCCUUGACGUUUGGCGCAACCAGUUCCUGUUCUGGGCAAUUGUUGCUGGGUUUGUCACGCUGUUCCCGCUUAUCUAUAUUCCAGUGAUCAACACCGUCGUGUUCAAACAUGCGCCAAUCGAUUGGGAGUGGGGCGUUGUGUUCAUCGAGGCCGGCCUGUUCUUCGUGGGAGUUGAAUUCUGGAAGUGGUGCAAGCGGGUUUACUUCCGCCGCAAAGCUCGUGGGUCGCUUGGUGUUGACCACAAGAACAUGGAGAUCGAAGAUCGAGUGUUUGGCCGAUACUACACGACUGAGUCCGCAUUGUCGACGGAAUCGACGAAAGAGAAGGUAUAG